GUGGUUGGUGGGUGCAAAAAGACAGAAUCCCACCCAAUUUCUUAUAAGUGUGACGUUGGCAAAAGCAACCAGUUGCUUUCUUCUCUCAAAGGAAAGUUUCAUCAUCUUUUCUUCAAGAACUUACUCUCAACACCAGAGGCCAAUGUCCCUAAUCGAGCUGUAGAAGCUGAGCAAUUCACGAUGAAUUUCUACUACAACAAUUACUAUGACUCAGACCAUGGUGAUGGUGGGUAUCAUCCAAAUUCUUAUGAUUCCUCCAGCAAUUUCGCUUUUUACUCGGACCAUGGUGAUGGCGGAUAUUAUCCGACUUCUUAUGAUUCCUCCAGCAAUUUCGCUUCUUACAAUGACUACAAGUCCGAUGGUGAGACCGAGUUCUUCGAUCAGGUCCCGGCUCGAUACUACACACCUUAUGGCUAUGUUCCUCCGCAGCCCACACUUUCAUACUCUGCCUCCACUUUCAGCCACUCUGACCUGAUCACGAUCCACCCAAAUGCCUACUAUAGCGGUUCUUACGAUCCGAAGUCGACCAGUUUCGCAAUUAGUUACUCGAAGACAGAGUUCAAUGAGCCUGAUUUCGAAGAGUAUGAUCCAACACCUUAUGGCGGUGGGUAUGACCCUUCUGUCACUUAUGGGAAACCCCUCCCUCCGUCUGCAGAAAUCUGUCAUCCUCAUUCCACAAGGGCUCAAGAUGCGCCGGCGCUAGGCGGUGUUCAAGACGGAAUUCCUGAAUUGCCUAUUGCUACGGUGGAAGAUGAGCAAGCAAGAAAACCUGGAGCAGGAAGCGAAAUCGUACCGGCCAAGAUUGAUCAGGAAGUGCAAAACUCUUCCCAUCAAACAGAAGAAGACUCGGGCAAAGAUAUCGACCACCGCCAUGAGGAUCAUGAAGAGAGCGAGCAAAGUUACAAUGAGAAUUCGGGCUACUCUCCUUGGGGUGUUUAUGGAGGCGGGUUCCAGAGGAUGGUGCCCCCGGCUCCGCCAGGCUGCGGGUUGGAUGCUUGGGAUAUAUGCGAUGGCGUAUUCGGGUAUUGGCCUUGCUUGUCUAGGGACAACAGGAGAAACUACGGAGUUGAGCGAAUUGCCGAUAGAGAAUAUUGCAGAAGGAAUGAAGAUCAGUGGCAGGGCACUGCUGAUUUUUUGUUUGGAAGUACCAACCCUUAUGCUGAACGAAAGCAUGAUUCACAAGUGGGUUCUGGGCACUACUAUGCGCAUGCAAAUGAAAGGCAAAGUGAAGGUCAAUUGUAUUAUGAACAGGUUGAGUAUGAGCACUAUGGGGAUUCAAAUCCAUGGUAGGUCGAACAUUAAGGAGAACUGAUGGCGCAAUGAAUCAGCUGGAGGAACUUCCUGUCAUCUACUCUUUUAUCCCACUUAUGAUUGACCCUUUUUCCAAUUGCCACUCCUCUUGAAGAUGCUCUCACUUCAUCAGGUUUUCUGUUGUCUGCAAAUGUUGAUUUGAGCUGUUCCACCAUGAAUUAUGUCUUGAGAUUGCUUUCCUGUACUGCACUAACGUGGAAAGAAAUUUAGGUGGUGGAGACAUUAGGGAUUCAGUAAUAUUCUGGCAAUGAAGCAUCUUGAGCACAUUGUUUUGAA